AUGGCCGAAAAGCCAAUCCGAUUUGGAAUAAUCGGGUGCGCAGAUAUUGCCCGAAAAGUGUCUCGCGCAAUUACUUUAGCACCAGACGCUGAACUUUAUGCUGUCGCUAGCCGCUCCUUGGAAAAAGCCUCCGCUUUUGCCAAGGCCAACAACUUUCCACCGAGCGCCAAGAUUUAUGGCUCUUAUGAGUCCCUACUCGACGACCCAGAGAUCGAUGCCGUCUAUGUCCCUUUGCCAACCAGCCUUCACGUGAAAUGGGCAUGCUUGGUUGCUCAGAAGAAGAAGCAUAUCUUGUUGGAGAAGCCUGUUGGGCUUAAUGUUGCGGAGUUUGAUAAAAUUGUUGAGGCUUGUGAGGCUAAUGGAGUGCAAAUUAUGGAUGGAACCAUGUGGAUACAUAAUCCUAGAACUCACGAGAUGAAGAAGUUCUUGAACGAUAAGGAGCGGUUUGGAGAGCUCAAAAAUAUUCACAGCUGCUUUACAUUUGCUGGCGAUGAGGAUUUUCUCAACAAUGACAUUCGUGUGAAGCCAGAUCUUGAUGCCCUCGGUGCUCUUGGUGAUGCUGGGUGGUAUGGCAUCAGGUCAAUUCUCUGGGCUGCUGACUAUGAACUGCCAAAAACUGUAACAGCCUUACCUGGGCCUGUUUUAAAUGAAGCAGGAGUUAUUUUGUCUUGUGCUGCUUGUCUACACUGGGAAGACGGGAAAGUGGCAACUUUCCAUUGCUCUUUUUAG